AUGGCCUCCGAGUCCAAACCGACCGUGUGCUUCCUGGGGCCUGCGGCGUCCUACUCCCAUCAGGCUGUGCGCCAGGUCUUCCCGGAAGACCGCUGGGACUUGAAACCGGUUGCCACCAUCGAUGAUGUGUUCGACCAGGUCCAGGACCGUCAGGUCCUCGCAGGGGUGGUGCCGUUUGAGAACUCCACCAACGGCUCCGUCGUCUUCACCCUAGACAACCUGGCCGAUAGGGACGGCCGCUACAAGGACAUCACCGUCGACGGCGAGAUCUUCGUCGACGUGCACCACUGCCUCGUCGGCCGGAAGAACCCGCACCCCCUCGCCGAGGACAAUGCCGACGGCUCCGGCACCUGCACCCCGACCGCCACGGACCCGACGCCGUCCAAGCCCAAGUCCAAGCCGACGUGCAGUCUGAAGCACAUUAAGCGUCUGUACUCACACCCGCAGGCGUUUGGCCAGUGCAACGCCUUCAUCUCGACAUAUCUCAAGGGCGUCGAGAUAUUCGACGUGAGCUCCACGAGCAAGGCCGCCGAGAUUGUGAGCCAGGAUGAGACGGGCACCUGGGCUGCCAUCUCCAACGAGCUUGCCGCUACGCUUCACGGGCUCGACCACCUCGGCAAGUCGAUAGAGGACCGCGAGGACAACACGACGCGCUUCCUCAUCAUUGGCACCAAUCCGUCGGUCCCGGAGGACUGGCGGCUUCAGAAGCAGCCCGCUUCCAUGGCGGGCAGCAAGUCACUCGUGUCCUUCACCGUGCCGCACACAGCCCCCGGCGCGCUCGCAGACGUGCUGAGUUGCUUCAAGGAGUUUGACCUCAACCUGACGAGCAUCAACAGCCGCCCUAGCCUCAAGGCGCCAUUCCAGUACAUGUUCUUUGUCGAGUUUGAGGGCCACAGAUAUCAUGACCCAGAUGGCAGCGUCUCUGGCGCGUUGGACAAGAUAAGUCGCGUUGCAGAGAGCUGGCGGUGGCUGGGAAGCUGGGAGAGAUACAGGUAA